UGUCGGGAGCAGAAAUCUUUCCUGUGUCGCUUGUGCCAAGGCGAGGAGCUGAAAUCAGACCAGGAUGAGACUGGUGCAUACCUAAUAGACCGGGACCCCACUUACUUUGGACCCAUCCUGAAUUUCCUCCGUCAUGGGAAGCUGGUCCUGGAUAAAGAUAUGGCUGAAGAGGGGGUCCUAGAAGAAGCCGAGUUUUAUAACAUUGGUCCUUUAAUCCGAAUAAUCAAGGAUCGACUGGAGGAGAAGAACUACACAGUAACUCAGGUGCCUCCUAAGCAUGUCUACCGCGUGCUACAGUGCCAGGAAGAGGAGCUCACUCAGAUGGUUUCCACUAUGUCGGAUGGAUGGCGCUUUGAGCAGCUUGUGAACAUUGGCUCAUCCUAUAACUACGGGAAUGAGGAUCAGACAGAGUUCCUGUGCGUGGUCUCCAAAGAACUGUACAACUCCCCCAGUGGCCUGAGCUCUGAGCCCAGCCACAAAGCCAAGCUGUUACAAGCCAGAGGUCUGAGGAUGUGAUCCCGACACUCCACUCCAGCCUUUUCAUUUCUUGUUUAUAUCUUUAUUUUUGUACUGCAGUGUACGGCAGCCCCUCGCCCCACAGAGACACCCCCAGCCCCCUUCACUCUUCACAUGCAGCCGUUCUUUUUUACAAACUCACUUCGGAGGCCUGACCCUCAGCCCUGGAGGAGGGCAGAUGCUCCAAGGAGCCCCUGGGCUGCUGUAGGGACUGGAGCCCACGGCCCCUCCCAUGCCUAGCAGGCUAGCGUUCCUUAAUGUCACAGUGGCCCCUGCUGGGGACAUCAGUGAUCAGCCACUGCAGCCCGCGGCUCCUUCCUGAACACCCUGGAUGCGACUGGGGCCCUGAGGUGGUGGCAGCUGCUGUAGGACCAGUCCUCACCCUUUCACUGUUGAAGGCAGCUGGUCUGGGCUUGUGGCCAGAGGGCAAAUGCAGAGCCACUGCCCUUUUCUAGGCCACCUGCACUGCUCACGGGGUGCCCCUGUGCUGGGUAUCACGCUCCUUGGCGCCUCCCUCCCUGUCCCCCAAAGCAGCCCUGUGUUGGCAGGGUGAGGAGGAGACAGGCGUGCUGCCCGGGUACCGGGAACAUGCUGGCACCUGGUGUCGUGUCUGCUAGCACGAGGAGAUCC